AUGACCGAGACCAGCAAGAAGACGAGCUGUAGAAAAGUGUCCUUGACCAACCAAAUUGUUGUGAAACCCUUUUGGCGAGCAGCAACACGGUUUGGGAUUCGAAAAUUGACCAGGCCACUCCAUGACUUUGUUGGUCCCUACAAGGACACACUCAUCCACUUUGAAACAACGGCACCCGUGGUUGCCCUGACAAUUGAUGAUGGUUUGAGUAGGGGAGGGCCUCAUGUAUCAAUGGUCCAGGAUGUGCUGCAAUUGUUGAAGGAGUAUGAUGCCACGGCCACCUUCUUUAUGUGUACAGAUUACCUAAAGGACCAACAAGAUGAUGUGAUGGCUCUGAUGAAGGAGGGACAUGAGCUAGGAAACCAUAUGCAAGAAGAUCUGAAUAUGCACUAUUGUCGACUACCCAAAGAAGAGUUCAAAAAGCAGUUGCAGGAUGCCAAUCAAGUGCUGGAAGAACUGGAGCAAAGACAUCAACAAACUACUGACCACUCUGUGUCCACUGGUACUAGAAACCCACGGUGGUUUCAGGCUCCUCAGUUAAUUUUGACUUCCCGCAUGAAAGAAGUCAUGGAUGAUGCACCCAUCCCAAUGCAACAUGUUUUGGGGGAUUGUUACUGUGAUGAUUUUCAGUUUGCUCAAGACAUGGACAGCAAAAAUCAAGAAGACUUUGAUGCUGACCAGUGUCGUGCUGUCAUGAACGAAAUUGGCCAAGUCCUGUUGACACAGGCACAACAGGGGAGUAUUGCCAUCUUCACAUGCCAGAAAGAGGAUUUCGUCAGGGAACACUCUAUGCUUUGGAGUAUUUCUUGCAAGGGAUAA